GCGGUGACGACCUCCCCACGAGAACAUGCCUCUCGCAAAAGAUCUCCUUCAUCCCUCUCCGGAGGAGGAGAAGAGGAAGCACAAGAAGAAGCGCCUGGUGCACAGCCCCAAUUCCUACUUCAUGGACGUGGAGUGCCCAGGAUGCUAUAAAAUCACCACGGUCUUUAGCCAUGCACAGACGGUAGUUCUGUGUGUUGGCUGCUCCACUGUCCUGUGCCAGCCUACAGGAGGGAAAGCAAGGCUCACAGAAGGAUGUUCUUUCAGGAGGAAGCAGCACUAACAGUACCCUCAGUCAAGAUGAGUGGGAAGCCAUCCCAAUAAACACAUUUUGGAUAUA